UUGAUGCAGGUAGCAGAGGAGUUGAUAGCAUUGGGGAAAAUAGCAUGCCCCAUAGUAAUAACAAGCCUGCUUUUCUACUCUAAAUCCAUCAUCUCUAUGCUCUUUCUGGGAUAUCUUGGGGACACUGAGUUAGCCGGGGGCUCACUCUCAAUUGGGUUUGCAAACAUCACAGGUUACUCUGUCCUCAAAGGUUUAGCCACAGGGAUGGAACCCAUCUGUUGCCAAGCUUAUGGAGCAAAGAAAUUUGCUAUUCUCAGCCAAACCUACAAAAAGACUCUCUAUCUCCUUUUUCUCACAACCAUUCCAAUCUCUCUACUGUGGCUAAACAUGGAGCCCAUUCUUCUAUGUUUAGGUCAGGAUCAAAACAUCACAUCAGUGGCCAAGCUCUACAUCACAUACUCCAUUCCUGACUUGCUAGCCCAAGCUCACCUACAUCCCUUAAGGAUUUUCUUAAGGACCCAAAAUUUAAAUAGAUCACUCACUAUUUCUUCAACUUGCGCAUUGAUUCUCCAUCUUCCAAUCAACUAUAUUCUUGUGGUAUAUAUGAAUUUGGGAGUGAGGGGAGUUGCACUGGCCUCAGCUUGGAACACUUUAAAUGUAAAUCUAGGUUUGCUACUUUACCUUGUUCUAUCAGAAAAGGCAUUAAAACCUUGGGAUCGGGUAGCAACUGACACAUGCUCUCAAGCCUGGCAGCCGCUGCUGUCCCUUGCAGGCCUUAGUGUAUUAUCAGUGUGCUUGGAAUGGUGGUGGUAUGAGAUAAUGUUGCUAUUGUGUGGUUUACUAAGCAACCCACAGGCAACUGUGGCUGCAAUGGGCAUCCUUAUGCAAACAACAAGCUUCCUAUAUGUGUUUCCUUCCUCUUUGAGCUCGAGCUUGUCCACCCGUGUUGGCCAUGAGUUGGGGGCUGAUCAGCCAGCAAGGGCUAAACAGACAACUACUAUUGGACUCACUGUGGCCAUCGCGUGGGGAUUUUUGGCGUUUGCUUUCACUAUUGCAGUGAGAGAUGCAUGGGGAAAACUCUAUACAUUUGAUCCACACAUUCUUGGUUUGACAUCGAUUGCUCUUCCAAUACUUGGGUUUUGUGAGUUAGGGAACUGUCCACAGACAGCUGCAUGUGGGGUCUUAACAGGAUCUGCCCAACCUAAGGUGGGUUGUUAUAUAAAUUUUGGGGCCUUUUACCUUAUUGGUUUGCCAGUUGCAGUUCUUCUGAGCUUCAAAUUUGAAAUGGGUUUCAUGGGGAUGUGGUUAGGGCUUGCCGCAGCACAAAUGUCAUGUAUGUGCAUGAUGGUGUGCGCUUUGGUUCGCACAGACUGGCAACACGAAGCUAAGAGGGCCAAGGAGCUGACCCAUGACACGGAAGAACACAAGAACGAUUUGGAAGUCAAUCUCCUAAGCUGA